UGGUCAAUUUAAGACACUUCAUAUAUUUGCCAAAUAGCUAGAGCUGUGAUUGUCGUAAACGAUCUCCUCGCAGUGGGUUCCUUAUCUGACCAACUUCAAGAAAACAUUAAAGAAGAUCGCGUAAGGAAUACGAACUAUUAUGAAGUAGUAAUUCCAGAUUACAGUUUAGAAGAAUUCCGGUGCCAUUUUCGAAUGAGUCGAAGUUGUUUUUCGGAUCUUAUGACAAAGAUUGGAAAUCUCAAGUGUGUUCAUCAGUUGGAAAAAAAACUUUUGUAUACUAUUUGGACUUUAAGCAAACAAGAGAGUUUUUUGUCAUCUGGCGAUCGUUUCAAUUUAGCACCAAGUUCAGCACACAAUUCAUUUUGUGAGAUUCUGGAUUUGUUGUGUUCCCUUUUGGCUCAAUACAUUAAGUGGCCAUCAAUAAGCCAAUAUAAUGAUAUAUCCCGGGUAUUUCGAGAAAAAUCAGGAGGUUAUAUUCCCGGGAUCGUUGGUGCGAUAGAUGGGUGUCACAUUCAAAUAAAACAGCCGGUCAAGAACCCUAUAGACUACUACAACAGAAAAAAUACGCAUUCGAUUAUUUUACAAGGAGUUUGUGACCAUCGAGCUGUUUUCAUCGAUAUUUAUGUAGGCGCUCCUGGUCGACUACAUGAUGCUCGAGUUUUUAGAAAUAGCCCUCUCUCUGAUAAAUUGGCUCAAUUCUUGCCUGCCGACUACCAUCUUGUAGGAGAUGCUGCCUACCCUCUAGGUCAAAACCUAAUAACUCCCUUCCGUGACAAUGGACACCUUCUCGAAAGGCAAAUCAAUUUCAAUACACGCCUUAGCAGUGCCAGAAUAACCAUAGAGCGAACUUUUGGUUUUCUCAAAGGCCGAUUUCGUCGAUUGAAAUAUUUGGAUGUUUCAAGUCCUAUGCUUACUUAA